UGUAUGAUAUUUUAAGUACAGAGUGUCUUCUUGGUCAGGUUCAGUGCAGUGUUGAAUGGCGAGCUUCGUGCUUCAGCUCCCGACGACGACGACGAGCAGAUGGAGAAGCUUCUCCGUCUCCGCCUCCGCCUCCUCGAACGGGGCUGCUCCGGGUCAGAGUCAAAGCGUUGGCCAAGGGAAAGGCGGGCCGGUGAUAGUGGAGCUGCCGCUGGACAAGAUCAGGAGGCCACUGAUGCGAACGAGGGCGAAUGAUCCGGUCAAAGUGAAGGACCUCAUGGACAGCAUCCAAGAGAUCGGCCUCCAAGUCCCUAUUGAUGUGCUCGAUGUCGAUGGAGUUUACUAUGGCUUCUCCGGUUGUCAUCGCUACGAAGCUCAUCAGCGCCUCGGCCUACCAACGAUCCGCUGUAAAGUUCGGAAAGCGACGAAAGAAACACUAAGGCAUCAUCUUCGCUGAGUUCGCAAUAAAGCCAUUUUCUGGGUUGGACAGAUGAUUUCUCAGCUCAAUGAGUGUGGCGUUGCAGUUAAUGGAUACGAGAUACUGCCUUUGUAAUGAUUGCCUCAAGUCCCUUUGGAUGUAAUGAGGCUUUUAGCUCUCUUGUAUUACAAGCAUUUGAAUAAUAAAGAAACGGGUCUUGAUUAAGUUUA